AUGAAGAGGAACACAGGCUCCGACCGCGCCGCACGUCAGCAACGCCUGCCGGUCAACCAGAGAAGGCACAAGGUAGCGCCAGAGCACCGAGUUGUGGCCGGUGUGCUGACGAGUCCGCUUUGUCACAGGUGCAACAGCUGCAAUGUCAAGCGUAUCAAGUGUUCCGGCGAGCGUCCGUGCCAGCAGUGCCGGGCCGCAUCCCGCGAGUGCCAAUAUCCGGCUGCCGUCGAGAAAGUCACCGUGCCGCGAUGCGACUUGGACGAGCUUCGGAUCCGAUGCGAGAGGCUUGAGCAGUGUCUAGAGCGGUUGCUCCCUGAUGCAGCUGAUCGGACCAAAGUCCUAGCUGGCGCGGCAUCGUUGGGCACCACACCCGAUACCGAUGCCGAGAGCGCACCGGAUGGUGCACAAGCUCGAGACCAGGACGAGGAGUCGACACCGAACGAAGGUCGUUUACUCAGUGACCCGGAUGGAACUGUGCGAUAUCUAGGAUCAACAUCUGGUGCAACGUUCUUAGAUCGGAUCAAGGAAUUCGUUGUGACUAUAUACCCGCUUGCCUGGCCUCGCUUAGGGAACACCGAGGAGUCGACAUUCCUUGGGUCUCUAGGCCGUUACCAGACCCACGACUCACGCCCGUUAACCACGCAGCUUGAUAGCGAUCCUAUGUGGCUCCCAGCAAAGGCCGAGAUGGCUGAUACGAUGGCCCAGCUUCGAUAUUUCGUUCAGGAUGGCAACGGAGAGUUCGACUCGGGAGGCAUAUUUUACUGGGGAGUACUUGAUGCAGCCUGCCUCGACGACGUCCCGCUGAUGGACUCUUUGAGCGCGCCGAGGCUGAGGGUUGUCGCCCUGUUUCAGGCCGCGCUCGCCCUGGCUGGUCAGAUAGACACAUCUGCCAAGUCUAGCACAUACAGUCAGGUUGGCGAGAUGCACUUCGCCAGGGCAAGAAGCCUCCUGGGCAAUUCACUAGACACCACAGCGUAUGCGGUUUAUGACAUACCCAUUCUUGCCCUGAUGGCAUUUUAUCUCGUGGAGGUCAACCGGCGGGACGCUGCCUACAUGUACGUCAGCCUAGGCAUGCGUAUCGCAAUCAUGCAUGGUUUUGGAGGGGUGCACCGCGGUUGGAUACCAGAUGAGCAGAACAAGAGAGCCUUCUGGACACUCUACAUAUUAGAUAGAUGGCUGAGCUCUCUCAUGGGGCGACCUCCCAAUAUCCUCGACGUGGCGAUUCGACUUCCACUGCCCAGCAAAGUCCCCGGCAUGCCUUCCCCGAUCGGACUGAAAGCUCAUGUUGAAUUGUCAAGAAUAUCCGGCUACAUCGUCGAGAACGUCUAUGGUAUAACUCCAUGGGAUCGUCAGCAUCUGAGUACCGGCUCGCGGAUCGAUGAGGCGCUCUCCUUAUUGUCGAACUUUCUUGCAAAGUUGCCAACAGAGCUUCAGCUGGAGGAUGGCCAACUCAGCAAAGACCGCGCGUGCUGUGAGCUGCACAUUUUCUACAAUCAGCUUGUGAUACUCACCCUGAGACCCAUCUUCUUCGUCGCGGUCAAGAAGGCUGUCGCCGAGCGAUACACCAGGCGCAACCAUAAGACCCACCAUUCCCACGCCCAACGCGCCCAUUUCGAUCAGUGUGUAACGGCUGCCAGGAGCAACUUGCGCUUGGGAAGAUGGAUUCGGGAGUCAACCAGGUCACGAAAACUGCUCUCGAAUGGCCUGCAUAACAUCUUUAACGCAGCCAUUAUCCUUCUCCUGCACCAGCUGCUCUUCGAUCGUUGGGAGCGUAACGAUGCUUCAGGCGUGCGCUUCGCCAUCGAAUGCUUCGAUAGGGAGGCGUUAGGGCAGAGUAACUAUCCAGUAGACUGUGCGAGAGUGCUGCGGGAUGUCAACGACCUUGUCCAAGGGAUGAGAGACAACAACUCGGAUUGGGGAGACAAGAGCAGCUCGACUUCGUUCCCUCAAGUUCAGUCUGGACGGUACCCAGCAGCAACAACGACAACGACAACCUCGGGAUACGACGUUGGCUUCAUUGUGAACCCUGACGCAACUACGUACCUGACCCCAAUCCAGGGACUGGUUCCGGGUGAAAAUACCGCAUUGUUCCACGAGCUUUCAAACUGGAUAAAGCACGACGACCUUGAAUUCUAUGAUCACCAGUGUCUUUAG